AUGAGUAUUACAGACCUUAGUAGAUAGAAUGUUCUGAUAUUAAAUACAGCUUAAGAUCANAAUACAAAUAGAAGUAAUAGGUAGAAAAUAUGAUGAAGCUAUUGAAUUGUGUGAUAAACCAUUUUCGAAUACUGAUUUGGAUAAAUUUGCUUAUACUACCAAAGGUAUCAUAGAUUAAAGUAAAUUUAAGGAAGGGCAUUACUGAUGAAACUUAGAUACGAAGAAGUUAUUAAAAUUUGUGAUAAAGUAAUACAAAUAGAUGAAACUUUAGCUGAAGCCUAUGAUAUCAAAGGUAAGAUUAAUUAUAAAUUUAUUUCCUUUUUGGAAGGAUCUUAGCAAGUUUAUUGAGGCCUGA